UCCGUCUCACGAGGUGUCAGCACAAUAAAGGCGGACCGCGAGGCUUGAAGAAAUCGAUAUCUGCGUACUACUCUCGACUCUUUAAAAUUCGGUCCCAGCAACAGAUAGGGAGAUUUUACUGUAUUUCUAGUUUUCUCUUGCAAGGAGAUCAAUGUAAACUACUGUCAUGAAAACUUCUACUAUUGGCAGUUGCCUCCGGUUAUUUUCAACUGAAAACGUUGUACCAAAAGUUUGUAUCGUGGGUGCAGGACCUGCAGGUUUUUAUGCUGCACAGCAAUUGUUAAAGACUUCCAGUAAUGUACAUGUAGAUGUAUUGGAAAAAUUACCAGUACCAUAUGGUUUGGUACGUUUUGGAGUAGCUCCAGAUCAUCCAGAAGUUAAGAAUGUUAUUCAUACUUUCGAAAAAACAGCAUCUAAUCCGCGUUUUCAAUUUAUGGGAAACGUUAACAUAGGAAAAGAUGUUAGUAUGAAGCAAUUACAAGAAAUUUAUCAUGCUGUUUUGUUGACAUACGGCGCAGAAGAGGAUAAAGAGUUCAAUAUACCUGGUGAAAAUUUGGAUAAUGUAAUAUCAGGUCGACGAUUUGUCGGUUGGUAUAAUGGAGUACCAGCAGAUAGCAAUUUGAAACUGAAUUUGGAUGUAGAAGAAGCAGUUGUUCUGGGCCAAGGCAAUGUCGCCAUAGAUAUUGCAAGAAUUUUGUUAACACCAGUGGACAAAUUAAAGAAUACCGAUAUAACGUCAUUCGCCUUGGAACAGCUAUUGAGAAGCAAAGUACGCAAAGUUUCGUUGGUUGGAAGAAGGGGGCCAUUGCAAGCUGCUUUUACAAUAGCAGAAUUACGCGAAAUAAUCAAAUUAGAUGGUUGUAAAACUUACUGGCGUUCGACUGACUUUGAAGGUGUAAAGGACACAGUUGGCAGUUUGGCAAGGCCACGCAAAAGACUGACGGAACUCAUGCUGAAAUCCUUGGAAGAGACACCUGCGAACACAACGUUCAGUAUGAAGCAGUUACAUCCCAUAUUUCUAAGAAGUCCUAUAGAAUUUCUAGGCUCCAACAGUGUCAGCAGUGUUAAGCUAUCGAUAAAUAGACUGGAAGGAAAUGAUCCGCAAAAACAAAUAGCAGUACCUACCAAAUCAGUUGAAGAGAUUCCAUGCGGUUUGGCGUUCCGUAGUAUCGGAUAUAAAUCAAUCUCUAUCGAUGUAUCGCUACCGUUCGAUACCAAGAAUGGUCGCGUCAAAAAUGCAGCAGGCAAAGUUGCAGAUAAUAUUUACGCAGCCGGCUGGGUUGCAACAGGUCCUGUCGGCGUGAUAUUAUCGACGAUGACGAAUGCGUUCUAUGUCGGUGGAUUAAUAAACAAGGAGCUCUCAGCUGCAGGAAACAAAGCUGGAUCAGUAGGCUUGCGCCAAAUUCUUGAACAAAAAAAUAUAUGUUCGGUGUCGUAUAACGACUGGAAAAAAAUCGACGAAGUGGAGUGUGAGAGAGGAAAAGAAUUGGGAAAGCCAAGGGAAAAAAUAGUCGAUGUAAAUGAAAUGUUAGAAAUAGCUUUAAGAUGAUUGCAAUGAAAAGCCUUAUGGGGCAGGAAUUAAAAUCGAUGUUUACACUUUCUUAUAAUCUUACUUAUUUGUUAAAUAAAAUUGUUCUUGUUGCAGAAAAUAAAUAUCUACAACAGUAAAUUAAUA